CAACGACAUUCGUAGAUUAUAGAUUAGAUAACGAAAAAAAAGAAAAUAAACCAUACGUAAUUUUAUUUUGAGACACAUUGUUGUCAUAAAAACACGGGCAUUUACUAUUUAGUUAAUAAAUUAAACUGUCAACGAAAAAGUGGUUAAACGUUAAACAUUAUUUUCUGCUGCUCGCUUCGCUUUACCACGAUUGUCAUUCGCAUAUAUCAAUAAUACAACGGUGACUAUGUGUCUUAUGUACUAGAAGACUAGAACCAAAAAACAUACGUCGAAAACCUGUAGAUAGUUGUAUUUUAUUGUCUUACAAUUUGUCAAUAAUAUGCCUUUCAAUUGUAAUGAAUCAGUACGGUCCUGUGCAAUAUAUAGACCUCCCCAUUUGCGAAAAAAAUGUGUAGAAACUGUGUAUACACUGAAUAAUAAUACUUCUUCAUUGAACAAUAAUACUUUUUCACUGAAUAAUAAUACUUCUUCACUGAACAAUAAUACUUCUUCACUGAACAAUAAUACUGCUUCACUGAACAAUAAUACUGCCAAUUGGGUGAAUAAUAAUGCAAAGGUGAUCAAUAAUAAUGUGCUGAAUUCGGAAAAUAAAGAAUUACGUCCCAAGUUUUAUGUACCACCUGCUAAACGUAAUUUGAACAAUGUGGGUUUAUCUAAGUAUUUUGAUUGUAAAUUCAAGGGGACUCGCACAGAAUAUUCAAAAAAGCUUGAAGAAUCAACUACUGUGUAUGUUGGACAUUUAAAUUUACUUUCUACUGAAGAAGAUGUUCGUAGGCUAUUUUCAGAGGCAGGAAAAAUAAAAACCAUUAUCAUGGGAUUAGAUAAAAAUACAUUAGGUCCUGGUGGAUUUUGCUUCAUUGAAUAUGAAACAAGAAAGGAAACUGAAAAUUGCAUGAAAAUUAUGAAUGGAACUACAUUAGAUGGAAAACAACUAUUAAUCGAUUGGGAUGCUGGAUUUAUCGAAGGACGUCAAUAUAGACGUGUUAGGAGACAUCAACAAAGAACCUAUGUGCAGCCAAAAUAAAAAUUAUAAAUUCACACUUAAAGUAUAACAAAGAGAACAAUAAUUUAUUAUAAGGAGCGUUUUUUUUUUAGUAACUAUGCAAUUGUUUGUUUAAAUUGUCUAUUUUUGUUUUAUAAAUAUUUAUAUUCUAUUGCUUAAUUUUUUUUUGUACUUACCAUUUAAUGAGAAAGUAUUAUGUUAUGUACAACUAUGUUUGUGUUAUCCUAUGAGGUCUUUGAAAAUAUUUUUUUUUUUAAAGCAGGAGUAAAUAAUUUAUUUUGUAUUUUGAUUUUUUCUAAAAUUUAAUAUAUUUGGUUUGUUAAAAUAAGUUAUAUUUGUGCAUAACUUUAUACAUCAAUAUGCCUUAUAACAAAAUUGUUAAUUUUUUGACUUAGUGUAGACAGUAUAAUUAUUAUAAGAUGUGUAAAUGAGUUAAUCAAUCGAUUUACCAUUUUUAUUUUUUACAAUGACCAAGAUGGUGAAAAACAGAAUUUUUAUGUGACUGUACUACAGUAUUUUGCUUAAAUUUAAAUAAAACAAGUUAUU